GCUAGCCUGCGGUUGGUGUGGGACUAAGCUUGCGUGUGUCUGUGUGAAUGUGCGCCCGAGCGCUGCCUGCGCGGAGUGGGUGACUGCAAGUGCAGGAGCGGCUAGUUCCUUCUCUGCGUCUCCACCUCCUGUUCUCUUAGUUGCUUUCCUCUUCUUCCUUCUCACCUAGGACCGAGGCUGCCUCCACUACAUCUUUCCUCUAGUCCGCUGCUUCUUCACUUCAAAGUUUCCUGGGGCCAGCAGCUUCUUCUAUACCGGGCUGCCCUGAAAGACAUAUUCUCAAGCAUUGCCUUGGAUCUGUUGUUCACCCCCACCUCCUCCCGCCCCCAACCACCCCGCACAACCAUUCAGGAAACCGGAGCAGUGAGUUGAGGAUUUUACCAAUUAAACAGGAAAAAAGACAGCGAAAGAGAACGAGGGGAGAGCAGCAGCAGCUGGGAGUCUCUGCUUUUGUCCUGUCUAAUUCUGAAUUGAUUUGAGUGUCUUUUUUUUUUUAAAGGGAAGAAGAAAAUUAAAUAGAAAACCAAGUUGGAAGAGGAGGGGCUGGGGAGACUCAAGGGUGCCAGUGAGGUUGCCACCAUCCUCCUUUUCAUAUUGGAUGAGGUUAGAAAGCUUUCUGCGCUCCUUUGGUGUCUAAUCCUCAUCUGCUCCUAAUAAGAUUAAAAGGGAAAGCAAAAGGGACUGAGGUUUUGGAACUCAAGAAAAACACCAGACUUGUGUGCAUUGCAUCCACCUCCUUGGUUUUAAGGACACCGCCUCAAGGUGCUCAGUGAAAUCAACUCUGCCAACUUCUCUCCGACAAGAACCUGAAAUCCUUUAGAGAUGGUUUCAAGAUUUAGAAUUGCCUUACUUGGAUUCUAGACAUAACUUGGGACUUUUGUUGGAACUGAUCAGCUUAUGUUACGGUGAGGGGAAGAGGGUGUGGAACAACCAGUAUCAAGGGGAGUAGUUGGAAAGGUUCCCAGUGACACAUUCAUACUUCUUGAUUGUCCCAAUGGAUUUUUCUUCAUAUGAGGUUCAUGGGAAGAUACAUAUAGCCAAGUACUGAAGUUGAUACCACCAGUAUGAGAGGCACAAUUCAAACUGGUAAAGUGAGUAAAACUGAAUGCAAGCUUCAAGGUUCAUUUCAAGCAGUCGGAGUGUGGGGGCCUGAGAGAUGCUACUGUCCAUGACAUGUUGGAAUUAUCAUGAUCAACUACUCUGUUUGGAUUUCACCCAGUGGCCAAGAACUUUGCAUGGUAGACGGCAAGGACUGGACUUUUAAAAACAGGAAAACAGAUGGCUGAGAUUGUCGGAAGUCUGACCUCCAGAUAAGUGAGGUGUUGUCAUACAUUGAUUGCAUAAUAAAGGCCCCUGACCAAGGUGUAGACCAUAGAGGUGGAGUCAUGCUUCACACGGCCAUAUCAUGUUGGCAGCCAUUCCUAGGUUUGGCUGUUGUGUUAAUCUUCAUGGGCUCUACCAUAGGCUGCCCAGCCCGCUGUGACUGUUUACCUCACAACAAGUCUGUCUCUUGUCAUCGGAAGAGGUUAAUUGCAAUCCCAGAGGGUAUUCCCAUUGAGACCAAAAUCCUAGACCUCAGCAAAAACCGGUUAAAAAGUGUCAACCCUGAGGAAUUUAUGUCUUACCCUCUGUUGGAGGAAAUAGACCUGAGUGACAACAUCAUUGCCAAUGUAGAGCCGGGAGCAUUUAAUAAUCUUUUCAAUCUGCGAUCCCUUCGAUUGAAAGGAAAUCGCCUAAAACUGGUCCCCCUGGGGGUAUUUACAGGACUGUCCAAUCUCACCAAACUUGACAUUAGUGAAAACAAAAUUGUCAUUUUGCUGGACUAUAUGUUCCAGGAUUUGCAUAACCUGAAAUCCCUGGAAGUAGGGGACAAUGAUUUGGUUUAUAUAUCACAUAGGGCCUUCAGUGGGCUGCUCAGCCUGGAACAACUCACGCUGGAGAAAUGCAACUUAACAGCCGUACCAACAGAAGCCCUCUCCCAUCUGCGCAACCUCAUCAGCCUGCAUCUAAGAUAUCUCAACAUCAAUGUGAUGCCUGUUUAUGCCUUUAAAAGACUGUUCCACCUGAAGCAUCUCGAGAUCGACUACUGGCCUCUAUUGGACAUGAUGCCUGCCAAUAGCCUAUAUGGUCUUAACCUCACAUCCCUCUCUAUCACCAACACCAAUCUAUCUACUAUACCCUACCCAGCCUUUAAACACUUGGUUUACCUGACUCACCUCAACCUUUCUUACAAUCCCAUCAGCGCCAUUGAAACCGGAAUGUUUGCUGAUUUAAUCCGGCUUCAGGAGCUGCAUAUAGUCGGGGCUCAGCUCCGUACCAUUGAACCACACGCUUUCCAAGGGCUCCGGUUCCUUCGUGUGCUUAAUGUUUCCCAGAACCUGUUGGAAACACUGGAAGAAAAUGUGUUCUACUCACCCAAAGCCCUCGAGGUACUGAGCAUUAGCAACAAUCCCCUGGCUUGUGACUGCCGCCUCCUUUGGAUUCUGCAGAGGCAGCCCCUCUUGCAGUUUGGGGGCCAGCAGCCUAUGUGUGCUGGCCCAGACAGCAUCCGAGAGAGACCAUUCAAGGAUUUCCACAGUACUGCCCUUUCCUUUUAUUUUACCUGCAAAAAGCCCAAGAUCCGUGACAAAAAGAUGCAGUACCUGCUGGUAGAUGAAGGGCAGACAGUCCAGCUGGUCUGCAAUGCUGAUGGUGACCCACAGCCAGUAAUUUCCUGGGCAACCCCUCGAAGGCGUCUGAUCACCACUAAAUCUAAUGGAAGAGUUACAGUGCUUGGAGAUGGCACCCUAGAAAUACGUUUUGCCCAGGACCAAGACACAGGAAUCUAUGUUUGCAUUGCUAGCAAUGCUGCGGGGAAUGACACUUUCACAGCCUCCCUUACAGUGAAAGGAUUUGCUUCAGAUCGUUUCCUUUAUGCUAACAGGACCCCUAUGUAUAUGACAGACAGCAAUGACACUAGUUCUAAUGGCACCAAUGCAAAUACUUUCUCUCUGGACCUUAAGACCAUACUGGUGUCCACAGCCAUGGGCUGUUUCACAUUCCUUGGAGUGGUUUUAUUUUGCUUCCUCCUCCUCUUUGUAUGGAGUCGAGGAAAAGGAAAGCACAAAAACAGCAUCGACCUUGAGUAUGUCCCCCGAAAAAACAAUGGUGCUGUCGUGGAAGGGGAGGUGGCUGGACCUAGGAGGUUCAACAUGAAAAUGAUCUGAGGUUCUACCACUAGCAGUGCUUUUUCUUUUCUGUGGCAUUGUUUGUAUCCAAUAAACCAGCCUGGCAAAUCAAAUUGCUGGGUAGAGGGGCAGCUUGACAUAGCUUCCCCUUUGUUCAAAUGGGGUAUAUAGGAAACAGGAAAACUUAUUUGUGGUUGUGCAACGGGGCCUCUCCACUAAGAGGCAGGUGUGUGUGUCAGGGCCUUUCACAGAGUUGGUUUUACUAAUUGUUUGCAUUGCAAAUAUUGGCAUUCUGGGGAUCUCAGUAAUGAACCUGUUGGCUCAUGUUCAUGGACAAUUGCUCAACAUUUUCUACCACUACAAAAAGAAAAAGAAAAAAAAAAGAACAACCUACAGUGUAGGAUUUACAUAUUAAAGACACAUUUGUCUAAAACAUACUAUACAGUUAAAAAAGAAAGAGAAUUUGUAUCUAUGAUUAUCAUUUGUUAAAGCCUUGCACCAUACCUAUUGUUGGUUCAGCACCACAAAGAAAUUGAUAUAUUCUUUUCUUUUUCUUUUCUUUUCAUGAUUAAAACAACAUAUAUACUGUGUACAUUUUAAAGCAAUACGAAUGAGAGGUUGUGCUUUUAGUUACCACCACUGACCCAAGUGUGAUGUCACCAUCUUUUAACUGCAAAUAGCAAACAUCGCAAAAAUAGAUCCCUGUAGUUACCUGAGGAAAGAUAUAUGGAGGAAGAGAUGAAUGUCUGAUUCUAGGAAUCCAGGUUACACUACCCAAGGCAAAAUUGUUUUAACUCUGUUAUCUUCUGUUAAUAUAAAUAAAGGCAUGUGCCUAGUUUUGAUACAGAAUGGAAUAUUUUUUAUACUUGUGAUAUCACACUGGACCAGUUUACUGUAACAAACCCUUGGAUUCACCCAAAAAAGAGGGUAAACCACAAGUUGUGGUUAAAACUAUGAAAAAAGGCAAGGUAGGUGUUAACCAUGAAAAUGAACCAUUUUAUCAUAGUUUGGUUUAAAUUUCAUAAACCACUGUUAAUGUGUUAAUAGACAAUGGUAAAGGAAAGAAAAGGAGGUAAUGGUUUUUCUGUAUUCAUAAGAAAACUGACACUUUAUGGUAGUUAAGAAAGAGAAGUCAGACUACAAAAGCUCUUUGGAAAGGAAUGAGCUCUUCUCAGAUGCCAAUAAACCAGGUUCAUCCAUGCAUAACAGGAGGAUUAUGCAACUAAAGACAUGCUUAAAAUGCGAUGGUCUCCUUAUGUUCUAACUGCUGCCAAUUAAAAAGACUUGCUCUCCACUGUCACUAUUUAAUACUGCAUCUUCCAAGAACUACUUAUAGAUCUCAAAGUUAAUUUCUAUAAGCAUACAGUUUCAGCUUUUCUCCUUUCUACCUUACAGAUUAUAUAAUGCUUGUUUUUUCUCAAUCAAUGGUAGACAAGAGAAAUCUUAUUCUGAUUUUUAAAGGGGUGAGCAAAGUUGUAUUGAAUAUAACUAAGUUACUGUUUGAUUUGCUGGCUGAUCAAGGGGGAGGGAAAGGCUUAAUUCUGGAAGUGUGGAAAGCUGUACUGAUCCCCUUCUCCUUUUUGCCAAUCAUAGCUAAUACAAAAUUAAUACAAAAUGUUCCAAGAUGCUGGCAUCAUUAAGUGUUGCCUAAGGAUUUUAAAUGACAAAUAUUUUCCAUUCUUAAGAAGAAUUGACAUCACCACAAAUGAGUUAGUCCAGAUGAGGCUCAAAAUUUUCCUUAAAUGUUUAGUUAAUGGCUCUUCAAACAGACUGAAUAUUACUAGUAAUCAAUGAAUAGAAAUAAUAUUUGAUGAGUGAUUAUUUAGCUAGAAUGGAAGAGAAAUGAAAAUGCUGCACAGUUCACAUUUUGAGAUGGAGCCAAACUGGUGUCCCAUGAUAUGAUAAAUUAUAAAAGAGUUUAGCUCUGUGUUGUGAAAUGCUAGAACGAGAAUCUUCCUUUCAAGGGAAUUCUCUUUUUUGGUCUUUGAAUUUUGUGAAACUUAAAUAAAAUGGCCCCUAACAUUAAAAAAAAUUAAUGACAAAUGGAGAUUAUUCCUGCCAGUUGAACUACAACCCAGCUGAAAAUCUUAUUCUUCCUUCAAUAAGAAAAGUAAAAUAAAGAAAUGAGAUGGAAAGAUUAUUGAACUCUCAGUUGGAUUCAUUUUCACUUGUUCCUGAUAAUGGUCACAAAUCUCAUAAGCAAUCCAUUUUGUUGGGGGGCGAGGGGUGGGAAGAGGAUGACUUUAUUUAUACCAAAACAAUAUAUAUUUUAGUUCUGGUAUAAAUUCAGGGACAUCCCAGUGUAAUCUAAUGGAAUAUCUUCUUUUAAAUUUUCAAAGUGAUCUUUUAAAAGUUAAUCCAAAAUGAAGGACAGGGUAAGUUAACUUUUAACAUUGUAAGGAAGCAAGGAGUAAGCUAAUUGCUAAAGGAAAAAAUGGGAAAUAUGACUGAGACCAGUUUGCCAUUGAGAUACCCCUGAAUGAUAUAUGAGAAGGGUUAGGAAUCAUCCUGUUUGGAUUAGUCAUUAUGAAGGACAUUAAAGUCCUGAUGAGUCCAUAAAGAGCAUAUUUAUCAUCUAAUCUUACAGAUGAGUCAGCUAGCCUCUAGAGGAGGCACCAAAGUACAAGCCCAAAUGCUGUUAACUAACAUGGUAUAAUUGAAGGUACACUCAGGUAGGAGUGAAGAGGUCUAAAUACUGAUCCUGGUCCUGGAUCUAUUAUUUACUUGUGUAACCUUAAGUAGGUUAUUUCACCAGACCUAAAAUUCUGUUUUAGAGCAUCUACAAAGCUAUGAGGCACACAAAUAAGAUGACAUCUGUAUGACUAUUAUAUACUAAGGCAACAAUGCUCUACCAUUUUUUUAAAUUGAAUAGCUCCUUACCUUGUUGCAUUCCUCUGGCUGAACCAAUCACCAUCAAGCUUCUUGAGCUUAAGGCUGUAUUCAACACAGCCCUGGGGGGAUGGGAAGGAAUUUGAGGAGGCAGGAACCAAACAUAGUCCAUGUUUAUCUCAAGUGUAAAGGACCCUGAUGAUACCAAGUUGGUUCAGGUUGCUAUAAGGAUUGAAGCAUGAUCCCAGAAUAGUCUAGAUAGCAAUCCAAACAAAAAAGUGAUAGCACUGAAGUAGGAAUAAGACCUAUGUACAAAUCUAGGCUCUCUUCUACUUAAGACUUGUGUGAUCUUAGCCAAUCGUUUAAUUUCUCUUAGCCAUCUGUGAUUUGACAGGGGUGGACUAAAUGUUCUCUAAAGGCUCUUCAGAUUUUAAAUCCUAUGACCUUCUGAGAAUUAAUCUAUUUCCUUGAAGGUUGGGGGGAUAGGAGGUUUCUUCUGGGUAAAUUUGGAUGAUUUAAACCUUCAGAGGUUUUCUCUUUUGCUUAUGCAUUGGUCAGCUUUCUUAAUACUUUUGAAGGAAAAGUAUAUCCUUCAAAUGGCACUCCAGAAUUAGUUAUUAACUGGUGUCCCAGUGUCCAGAAAACAGCAGGUGCCUGCCCUACCAUGGGUAACAUAAAUAUCCUCAAUGGAUUCAGUGCCUCAUCCAUAGAAUUUGGACCAUUAAAUGUCAAGUAAGAAACGUGCUGUUUUUCUAAACUCUUGUUUUACCCAUUUUUCAUACCAAGAGGGCUAUAUCUUGUUGGUACACUUCAGCACUCCCUAUUAUCUGACUAGCUGAAAAUCUAAGCAAAAAAUUUCCUAGAUUUAUACUUCCAAUUCACUAACAGUUGUGCAGAAUUCUGGUUUUGCAGAAAUUUCACCAAGUCCAACAUAUCCAUCAAAGGUUGUGAGUCCAGGUAAAUUUGUUACUUCUGUGUUCUGCUGUCUACUUCACAAGGUGCUCUACAUUGCUUAUGGCAAUAUACUGGAGAUUUUUCUGAUAAAUGUUCUCAUUUUCUUCAAUUUACAGCUAAGUCCUGAAGCUUACAAUUAUCCAGUUUCUGUGUGUUUUUAAAGGAAUUCCUUAAAUUUCUCCAAAAUGAAGUCCUCACUUUUUUUUAACUUACUUUAAGUGAGUAAAAAUACAAUCUUUUUUUACCCUUCAAAAACAUGGAAAGUUAGUUGUGACCAUUGGUCAGUAAAAGGAGACAACCUCCUAGAAAUUAAUUUACCCCUGCUAGAACCCUAUCAUUUUCCAUGUCAGGGAGGAGUGUGUGUGUGUGUGUGUGUGUGUGUGUGUGUGUGUGUGUGUGUUCUAAACAUUUGAGUGAGCUCAGAAGCUAUUACACAACCCAGACCAUGUUUCUGAUUUUUCAGACAAGAACGACAACAAAAAGUAUCAUUUUCUGCUUUUGAAGGCUGCAGUCUGAGAUAAGCAAAGAAUGUCAAGGAUAAAAAAGAAAUGAAAGCCACUUGGAUCCAUUUCCAUCCUUUGAUACAGCCCCUUUGCUCCAACUACUCAGUUAUAAUAAUCAAAACUAGAAAAAGAAAGCCUGGAUUAUACAGGUGAUGUCUGUUGUUUGGCUUACCCACUAGAUGUGAACAAUAAUUAUUAUACCCUUCUGUAACUUCUAAAAUACCAUUUUAGUUGCUUUCCUUUAUUUCUCUAUUCACUUUAUACAUGGUUUAUAUGAACUAAUUCAAAUGGAAACAAUAGCAGGAAAAUUAAAAGAUAGUAGCAUGGGACCAAACUUUACCAUUUUCCUUAGUCCUUAAGAUAUCCCCAAGAAGGAAUGUGUUAUUUUACUUUUCAACUGCUGGGUAGCAUACUUUGGAUAGGGAAGAGACAACAUUUUUAAAUGACCAUCCUAGUACAGGAGGAAGCACCUAAUGUGAAUCUACCAUUCUGAACUGAAAGGACAGCUGAAAGUUUCUGACUUUGCAAAACACAUCCUCUUGUGUCAUCAAAAUGAUUAAAAAAUAAUUUGGAGGGAGAAGGGAAGAGAUAGAGAAAGAUGUGUGAAGAGAGAAAAAGCAAUAAAUUUCACCAAGUAAUUCAGAAGGUUAAGAGCUCACCCUCAGGAAAAAAAAAAAAGCUCACCCUCACCUAGUUCUAUAUUGGCAAACAUUUCCCACUCCCCCCCCCCCCACCUAAAAUGUAGGGUUUUUUUUUUUGUUGUUGUUGUUAACAGCUCAAAGACAGUUUUCCAAAGCUAAAGUUAUUUUUUUCCCAUGGAACACUUUUAAAUGAGGUUUUAUUUAAUUACUAAAGCAAGACAAAACAUGGCUUAAUGCUUUCACAGACAUUAAUUUAGUCUAGAAACAAUUGGUCUACAAAGAGAACUAACCUCAAAGCCAAAAACAAAGGCAUUCAAGUCCCAUCUCUGACACCAUACUACAGCCUAUAUAAACCUUGGCAAAACACUUAAUUUCUCAAUGCUCAAAGACUAUAAAUUGCAGAGAAGGUGCCAACCUGCUUCAGUAAGGGAAGAUCCCUCUCUCAAUUCCCUUUAUGUUUUUGUCUUCUCCAAUUGUGUAAAUCUUCCCACUGAAUGACUUUCCUAUCAAUCAUUGCCCAGCAGGACCGUUUUUAAAAUAUUGAUUUUGUUAGGAUGGCCCCAGGCUAUCUAACUAUACUGUGUAUAUGUAUGUGUGUAUGUAUAUAUUAUGUAGUACAUAUGUGUACCUAUAUACUUAUACAUUGUGUGCCAUGUAUAAUUUUGUGCAUGGUAAGCAUACAUGUGUGUUUUAUGUUGUUAGGAUUUUUGUUUGUUUCUGGUGGGGGUUUUACCCAAAGAAGUCUCAAAUAGAUUCCUCUUUCAAAAAAAUCUUAAUCUCUUUGGAGGACUCUUAGGUGUUUCCCAAGUUUUUCUUCUUGUGGUUUCUUAGGCUGGUAACACUUUUUCCUUUCUUCCUCUCAUGAGAGGAUCUAAUUAGUGAACCAUUCCCUAGGCAGGAGGCAGUGGCUCUGCAAAUUCCCUUCUGAAAGGAUCCAGAGACCAGCAACCCUCUCCUAGGCAUUCCUUUACAGACACAGAGCCUUCACAUGUAGCGCAAAGAAAAUUAUCCUCUUUUUGCCUUGCUCUGUUUUACCACUGUCACCCAGGAGCAACUGUUAUCCUUCAACAGUAGAUGGCUUCUCUAGAAAAACUUUCUUUUCACUGGUACAUCAAAAAUCCUGAGGAAUUAUUAAAUUGGGAUUUUUUAAAUCUUUCCCAAUUUAACUCACAAAAUAUUCUUUAAUUUUUAAAGAUUUACUAUUCACAUAAAGCUGGUAACAACAUCCAGGUUGAAUGAUUCUGAUUUUUUUCCACCUUUCUAAAAGCAGGGGGGUUGGUUAAAUAGACAACUUUAUUUAUAGCCUUAACAGAAUAAGAAAAGCAUUGGCAUAAUCAAAAAAGUUUUCUGCACUAUAAGACUGUAUCCUAAAUAUGCAAAAUGGUUUUAAAAAGAUAAUACAAACACAUUUUUUUAAAUCUUCUAACUAACUUGCCUAACCUCAUUAAUUCAAGUCAGGAUAAUAAUAUCUAUCCACACUGAAAAUGGGUCAGAGUAAAAUCACUUUUUGUUCCUACUUUAAAGGGACCCUUGAGAAAAUUUUGCUGAAAGUUUCCUAUUGCAAGGGCUCUUUACAUAUUGUUGCACACCUCCUAUUCCAAAUUGCUUUAAUAUCUCAAAAAUAUAACAACAUUUAUAUGAUUGGACUACGCUGAUAAAGCAGAUUUCUACAAUCUGUAUAAUAUUAUGUGUCACGUGAAAUUGAGUAGUAUAUAUGCAUGUGUGCUGCCUAGAAAUUGGCAAUGGGUAAUAUAAUGGAAUGUAAGGGCUUGAGUUGAUCAGCUUUCAGAAGGGAGUACAUUUAUCUUGCUUUUCAAAGGAUAAA